UCACAAGCCCGCGAGUCCCGCGAACCGCGACACAACUUGAUGCUUGACGAUUCGAUUCGAUUAAAUUUAUGAAUUGAAAGUUUUCUGAAAAUCAUCAGCCUGAUUAUCUCACCGCGCAAGAAAUGGCUUUAAAUCUAAUCAAACAGAUCACAGUGCUUGGACAACGUUCACUAACAACAAAAAUCUUAUCGAUAAAAUUCUAUACCGGAAGUUUGUACGAGCCAGAUUAUUUACAGACAGGAAAAUCAAACGUUCCACUUCUACCUGUAAUAAAUGUGCAAAUUAAGAGCUACGAUUAUCCUGUGCUCGAAUGUUAUCAGUCUUAUGUACACAAGUUGGCGGAUGUCAUACAGAUUGACGUAGACAACGGCUGGCCGUUACCGCCUCAAGAAUUCAAGAUUCAGAAAUAUAAAACUGGAACGACCAAGAUUGCAUCCGAGUACAAUCUCAAAAUUUAUGAAAGAAAUAUACAAAUGUCGGAAGUAUCUUCUGUAAAAUGUUCAAUAUUAAUCAGGGCAUUGGAAGCCGCUUUACCACAGGGUGUCAUACUGAAUGUAAACGUUUACGAUCCCGCGCUAGAACAGAAGCGAUAUAUACCGGACAAAGAAUUGAUUGAUUUGAAAUCUGCGUUGGAUACGUUAAAGAAUAAAGCCUAAUAUAUAAAUAUAUAGAGAGAGGUAUACAGACAUUGUUGUAGGUAAUGUAGGAUUUACGUGUAAACAACACUUGUAUAUGUGUAUGUACAUUGAUGCAAAGAUACUCUUUUCAAUGUGUGUAAAUUUUUAAAACAGUAAAAAGUUAAGAAAAUUA